AUGUCGGUCGACGAUCUCCAAGGCAGGAUUGUCCUUGCUUCCAUCAGGGAGACCAUUAAUGCACCGGCAAACGAGAUCUGGCCUUUCCUCUCUGCCAUUGGUGCGGAGAGAAUCCUUAUUCCGGGCUGUACUCGGUCAUCUAUCCUCAAGGGCCACGGAAAAGAUGCUGUGCGACGUGUCUACUUUGGCGAUACCUUCUUCGACGAGAAAAUCCUAGAGUGCGACUCCAUGACAUACAAGUUAACGUAUGAAGUUGUCGAACCAAACUCAAGCCCGGCCACUGGUGUUUUGGCAGCUGCCCAACUCCACCCUUCGGAGUCCGAUGGAACAACUAUCAUCACAUGGGUAUCGGGCGCAAACACUGUGCCAUACGAGUAUAAGGCUGUCCUUGAAGAGCAGGCGUUGGGCUUCUGCAAGGGGCAGGUGGAGUCCCUGCGGAGAUUGACGACGUCGACGAAGUGA